UGGCUUUAAAGAUGCAGUCAUGCCCACUUUCCCUUCUUUUUUUGCUCACAGUAGCAGCAUUAAUGGAGGUUAUACCCAUCCAUGUUGGUGCUGGUGCUGUGCCUCUACCUUACAAGGUGAAUGUGAGUGAAGAGUUUCUGGAAGAGCAAAAUCAAGCUAGAGCAGCGGUGGGAGUCCCACCACUGAAGUGGAGCCCAAGCCUUGCGACGGUGACGAGCAGGUUAGUGAGGUACCAAAGGAACAAGAAAAAUUGUGGAUUUGCGGUGUUGAGCAACAGGGGAAAGUACGGAGCGAACCAGCUUUGGGCGAGUGGGUUAGUUGUGACACCCCGUGCAGCGGUCCAGGCUUGGGUGAAGGAGAAAGACUAUUAUAACUACACCGACAACUCGUGCGCAGCACACCACAGGUGUGGUGUCUACAAGCAAGUGGUUUGGAGGAAUUCCUUAGAGGUUGGAUGUGCACAAGCUAUGUGUGGAGGCCAUGUCACCCUCACUAUUUGUCUCUAUUCCCCUCCUGGGAAUGUAGUUGGACAAAGCCCAUACUAGGAUCUUCUUCUUCUUCUUCUUCGUUGUAACCCUUUUUCUUCACUUAUGUGAUUAACUCUCUAGUUUAAGCUCAUUUAGUUUGGAUUUGU